AUGAAGCUUUUUUAUCAAAUCAGUUUUUUCUCCUUCAUUUUCUGUUUUCUUGCAUCUGGGUCCUUUUCUAUUGAUAAUUUUCAUCAAGCGUAAGCCUUUUUACUGAAUUUUUUACAUACACUUUUGUGCAUGCAUCUUAAAGUUUACUUCUUUGACUUUGAAUUUUUGCUUUGUUUAUAAUCUUGGAAUGGCAUUAGUAAUGUAGUUCAACAACAACAACAACAACCCAGUAUAAUACCAGGGUCUGGCGAGGGUAGUGUUACGCAGACAUUACCCCUACCUGGGUAGAGAAGCUGUUUCCAAUAGACAUCGGCUCCCUCCCUCCAAUAACUCCCCACCUUGCUCUUGGGAUGACUCGAACUCACAACCUCUUGGUUGGAAGAGAGGUUGGAAGUGGAGGGUACUUACCACUAGAGCAAUAGUUCGUUCCAUGAUAUUUGAAUGGUUUCCUAUUGUAGAGCCUGAUACCGGUCACACGAAACUUCGCCUUUCAAGAGAAGGACUAGAGGCAAUAGAGAAGAUAACAACACCCAUUGCAGCUGUUGCUGUAAUUGGUCCAUAUCGUUCGGGAAAAUCAUUCCUCCUUAAUCAGCUUCUUUCCUUUUCCUGUAAUGAAGGUUUUGGUGUUGGGCAUAUGCGCGAUACUAAGACAAAAGGGAUAUGGGUUUGGGGUAAUCCAAUAGAGUUGGACAUCAAUGGAGUAAAAACUUCUGUUUUCUACCUUGACACUGAAGGUUUUGAAAGUAUUGGAAAGUCAAACGUAUAUGAUGAUCGGAUUUUUGCCCUUGCAACUGUUCUGAGUUCCGUGCUUAUAUAUAAUCUACCUGAGACGAUCCGUGAAGCUGACAUAUCCCGACUUUCAUUUGCACAUGAACUUGCUGAAGAGUUCUAUGGAAGAGUGAAGGGGCAAGACAUUGCUUUCGAACCUGCAAAACUCCUAUGGCUUAUCCAGCAUGAUUUUCUACAAGGAAAGUCUGUGCAAGAAAUGGUCAACGAAGCUCUGCGACGAGUCCCCAAUAGUGAUGGUGAUAGAAAUAUUGAUAAGGUGAAUCAGAUUCGAGAUUCAUUAGCUGUAAUGGGCGACAAUAGCACAGCCUUCAGCUUACCACAACCUCAUCUUCAGCGUACCAAGCUUUGUGACAUGAAUGACGCUGAGCUGGAUCCUGAUUAUGUCAAGAAGAGAGAGCAUUUGAAAGAAGUUGUAGCAUCUAUUAUUCGUCCAAAGAUUGUCCAGGGCAAAUCUCUCAAUGGAAAGGAGUUCGUAUCAUUCCUUGAGCAGAUACUUGAUGCCUUGAAUAAAGGAGAGAUUUCAUCUACGGGAUCCCUUGUGGAGGUUUUUAACAAGGGUAUUUUAGAGCGGUGUCUAAAACUGUACACUGACCAGAUGGCUAACACAGUUUUACCAAUACGAGCAGAGUCUUUGCAAAAAACUCAUGAAGAGCACAGAGAUGCUGCAAUGAAAGUUUUUGAUGAACAACAUUUUGGUCGUCAGCAUGCAAAGAGAUCAGUUGAUCAAUUGGACGAGGAGAUUGAAAAGGAGUAUAAGAAUAUCAAGUUGGCAAAUGAAUAUCAAUCCUCAAAGGUGUGUGAGGCUUUUUAUACUAGAUGUGAAGACAAAAUGGACGAACUUCAGACCCUCAGACUUCCUUCAAUGGCAAAAUUCAACACUGGCUUCCUCCAAUGCAACCAAAGUUUUGUAAAAGAAUGUGUCGGACCUUCUAAAAGCAAAUACGAACAGCGAAUGAUGAAGAUGUUGAGGAAGUCAAAAUCUUUAUUCAUUAAGGAAUACAAUCAGAGACUAUUUAAUUGGCUGGUGGUUUUCUCACUUGUUAUGGUGGUGUUAGGGCGGUUCGUUAUAAAGUUUUUUUUGGUCGAGAUUGGCGCAUGGAUACUUUUCAUCUUCUUAGAAACAUAUAAAAGGAUGUUUUUGUCCGCCGAGUCACUUUACCACAAUCCAGUGUGGCAUUCUUUUCUAGCAACAUGGGAAACACUUGUGUAUAAUCCUAUCCUUGAUCUGGACAGAUGGGCAAUUCCCAUAUAUGUGAUAGCUGCGAUAUUUGUGGUUUAUUGGCGAUGUUAUGGGAGAAGGAACAUUGGCUCUAUGUUGUUGUUACCUGUCUACAGCAAUCAUAAAGAUAGUCGAAGAUCAGAGUAGUUUGAACAGUAGCUUCUUAGGUAUAUACAAAUCUUACAAGCUUUUUAUUUUCAAUUCUCUUUAUACCCUUCAAUCCAAAAUUGGUGCAGAGGAUAUGUUGUAACAUUUGGAAAUGUUGUAUUGUUAUCAUUCAUUCAUUCUCUUUAACCCUUACAAUACUGAAUACACAGCAGUUUAAUUUA